GGCAGCGCGCAGACGGCAGUAGGCGGCAGGCGGCGUAAGCGCCGACCGCGCGCAACACUCGGAAUCAAACGUACUAACCCAUCUACAAUCGCUGGGCUAUAUUUAACUGCUGCGACCAUUAAUCUGCCUGGAACACAAAAAUUAGCAAUACGGUCUAAAAGUGCAGUGAUGUGAAAUUAUUUACAGAGAUUGAAGUGCCAUUCUGUUGCGUCCUAGUGAAAAAUCGUCAGUGCUCACGAAAUAUUACUGUUAAUAAGUUAUGGGAGGGAAAUAUCAUAAUUUAUCGUAACGCCGGCUCUCGUGAGUAUGGUAUAUCUAUUUUCUACUAAAUUUGUCAAAUUGCCAAAUAGUGUUUGAGCCUCAAGCGUUAGUUAUGAUAAUAUAGAGAUAGAUAAAUAAGUGUUGAUAUUACGAUACAGACACUUAUUUCUUCAACAUGAAUCCUCCUUCAGCGUUGUACAGUGCAAUGAAUAAAGAACGAAAGCCAUUCACAUAUACGCCGGGAGGACUUGAUCUCUCGGAGAUCAAAUCAGAACGAAUGGCUCAACGGUUGAUGAGGAAUGCAAUGAAUCAGGGUAUCCCUGAGACGCAAGUGCAGACAAUACAAUCACCGCCGGCCCAGAUACACUCGAAUGCAUUACCUAAUUUCAAUUGUUUACCAGUACAAGUAUUUCCAACGUUUGCUCUACCAGCCAACCCUAAAUCUUUAUUAAGAAGUAGGAGUAAUCCAGAUGCACCAAAAGAAAUACCCGUGCCGUCAUCUUUUAUAUCUGUUGAUAAACAUACAGCAGAUCAAAGAAAAAUCAUAAAUAAGCCUUCCUUAUUUACUGUAAAUAAUAAUGGACUACCACAGCCUACAUAUAAUACCCAAAGAAUAACAAAUAACGUUUCAUUAUUAAAACCAAACAAUUAUGGAAGUGAAAGUCAUACGGAAAUAAUGUUACCUGAAAAAAGUUAUGAUGCCGAAUAUUUCCUAUCGGAACCUCAAGGAAAUAUUAAAGUAAUGGAAAAGGAACCAAAUGAAUUACAAGAAUAUACCAGACCAAUAACAGAUAUUUUUGUGGAUACCAACGCCACUGGCAUUCAGAAAAUUCCAGUAGCAAUUACAUCUUCAUCGACGCAAGAUAGAACGACAAAUGAUUAUGAACAGAAGAAAGUCAAAAUUGUCAAAAAACAAACGAAGACUUCAGAAAAUGAGACAGAUCAAAAUGGUGACACAGAAGCAGCAGUUGUAGUAAAAUUACCAGCAAAAAAAUCAUCAGCAAAAACUGAAACUAAAGUGGAAGUUUUAAAGAAAAUAUUGCCUGAUGGCACAAUAGAAGAAGUCAAAACGACAAUUACAAAAACAACUAUAGAUGGUAAAACUGAGAUUAAAACUGAAACCGAGACUCGGACAUUGCCUAAAGAUCAAGAUGAUGAGACUGUCGAAAUUGAAGAACAAGAGGAGGAAAGUGAAGAUGUCGUUAUUGAAGACCAACCAGCCGACAAAUACAAAGAACAAGAAGUAGAAGAUUCUACUACAAUAACUAGCAAACAAUCAUCAGUAAACAAGGCCACAGAAAAUGAAGAAAAGUCAAAAGAGAAGGAAACAAGAGAAAAUGGUCAUAUUAUUAGUGGGGAAGAAAAAUUGGAAAUUAGCACUACAAAGAAUGUAGUGGUUAUACAGUCUAAAGAUCAAGAAUCUGAAGAAGAGCAAGAAGAGGAAGUAGAAGAAGAAACAGAAGAUGGUGAUGUUGAAGUGGAACAAGUAAUUUUACUGAAAAAAAUAGAUGUUAACAGCGUUGAUAAAGUAAAAAUAGGUGACUCAGAUAAAGAAGACGAGACUGAAGAUGUUGAAGAAGAAGAACUAGAUGAAGAUGAAAAUGUGGAUGUCGAACAAGAAAAUGUAACAGAAAAAGUUAAAAAAAAUGCUCACGAACUAGAACAGGUAGUGGUUGUUGACGCUGAAGAAGUUGAACCAGAAGAUGUUGAAGCUGAAGAAGUAGAAGGUGAAGAAGUAGAAGCUGAAGAAGUAGAAGCUGAAGAGGUUGCAGCUGAAGAAGAAGAAGCUGAAGAAGAAGAAGAAGCUGAAGAAGUUGAAGCUGAAGAAGUUGAAACUGAAGAAGUUGAAGCCGGAGAAGUAGAAUCUCAAAAAGUUGUAGAAAUUGAAGGUAGAGAAGGUAAAGUUGAGGAAGAACGUAAUGAAAAUCUGGAGAUAGAGGAACAGGACGAAGCCAAAAACCAAAUACAAGAAAAAGAUACUACUGUGAUUUCUUGUGAAGAAUCACUAAAACCGAAGGAAGAAGCCAAAGAAAAUGAUAAAAAAGUGGAAGUUCUAGUUACAACAGAAGAAAAAUUUACUGAGGUUAAAGACAAAGAAUCAAUAAUAACUGAACAGUUAGAGCAAAAAUAUGAACCUAGCCAAAAUGCACCUACUAAUCAGGAAACUACUACGGGAUCGUGUUUGUCGAAAGAUGAUAUUAAUAAACAACAGGCGCAGUCUGAACAAGAGCAUGUUCUUAAAAUAAAGAUUCAAUCGGAGCCAAAAGUAUCAUUUCGAGAGCCGUCAAUUCCUCUUGAGAAAGUCGAAGAUGUAGAGAUUAAGCCAAUAGGUCCCGCUCAAGAAAUUAUUAAAAAGUGUCAUACAGAAAUUAUAACUACGACGAAAGAUGAACCUACUGGAGCUUUGAGUACUCAAACUAAUUAUAACAGAAUUGAAAACAUUGUAACUGUAAACCGUACAACAAAAACUUUAGACCAUGCUUAUGAACAAGCUGAAUCUACUAUUCCCGGUAUGAAAUCUUACUUUGUACCUCCUAGUGAUCGUAUUUUAUCGACCCCCCAACCAAUUUCGAGAGCUUACCAACCAGCAUUUACGUCAGAACCACAAACAGAAAGAAGACAUAGUUUACUCCUUGAUAGAUUAAGUAUGGAACGUCAAAUACCAGUACAGCAACCUCAAACUUAUCUAAAUAAUUACCAGUACAAUAAUCUAAAUAGUGAACAAAAUCAAUGGUCACAAGAGCCACAAUCUGAAGUGUUGACUGUAAGCAACGUUAAACCCAGUGAAAUAACUAAAAAUCAGCAAUGGUAUCAACAAACCAAAAGAGAAGAAAAUUACAGUACUAAUAUUGUAACGCCUACACCAGUUAUGCCUAGUCAACUGUCUCAACAACAACCGCCAGCUCAAGUGCAACCACCGUAUCAGAGUUAUGUGCAACCUGCGUACACUCCGACACCUGAUUUUCAACCAUCCUUUACAGAUACUAGCAAGCAGAAUUCUUUUAAAAGUGGAACAAAUAGCUUUCAACAGAAUACUUACUCGAGUUAUACUCCAAAACCGAGUUGGGUAAGCAGUACUUUUGAUUCAAAGCCGGCCCCUGCUACACAAUACAAUCAGUAUUCAACAUUAAAAAAAGAAUCUAACGAAAACUAUCAAAACUCUACGCAACCUUUUACAUCAUCUUAUGUCCCUCCACCUUGGGAACAAGAUUCUAGUUACGUAGUAGAGAACCAAAGUUUGUACCAACCACCACCUACACCUGUUUACAAUCCUAGUAUAAAUCAAUCGUCAUGGAAACCUACACAACCAACGAGUAAAUUUUCUAAACCACCGCCUACUGCAUAUAUUCCUCCAGCUCCUAACCAAUCUUUUGUUAAACCAGUGUCAAGUGCUGAUUCAAAUUUAUUGCCCGGACGAAAAACUUAUUAUAGUGAAUAUGAAAGACGCUAUAUAUCUGUACCAGAAUCGACGUAUAUACCAAGUGAAACAAAGUACCAAGCUCAACCUGACCCUUCUCCUCAGUAUUACUUCGAUAACAAUGAAUCAUCAGAAACAGUGGAACCACAAUGGCGAAAGGAAUUGAGGGAAUUUACAGAGAAGACUUCUCAAACUACUAUUUCACAAACUGAGAAAACUUCAGUGAGACCGCCUUGGGAAGAGGAUCCAAAAUAUGCCUCAGGUUAUACAUCGACAGUUACAAAGAGUUGGACUCAGUCCUUAAGGCCUCGUUCCUGGCGGGAAACAAGUUAUGAACCCGAAUAUAUUGGAUCUAAAGAGUGGCCAAAGACCAACACUCUCGGACGCGGACGUCCACAUAGCUCCUAUGCAAGAAACAAUGUGGAUACAAUUCGUGAAAGAACACGAGGUGUUUCGGUUGAUCGAUACAAUCCAAGUAGUUAUCAGCCACCUUUAUCAUCGGAACAUCCUCCCGUACAAAGUCACACAUUGAAUCCCAACAUUCAUCCGAAGGCCUACCAUAACCCUAGUGUGCCUGCAUAUCACGCACGUACCUCUGCUGAAUCUAGAGAGCAAACAGCACCUUACACACAACGUACGUGGGCUGAGUCAAAGGCUCCUCCCGUCCAGUCAAGAUCAUUCAAAUACCUUCAAUGGAUAACUGGCACUGAAGAUUAAGUAUUUGCCUAUAUUUUUGAAAAUUAUUUUAAGUUUAUUGUAUUAAUUAAGAUAUAUUGCGAAUCAAUUUUGAAUCGAAUAAAUUAUAAAAAAACGAAAUCGAAAAUGUAAACAUUGGAAAUCAUUAUUUUCGCGGCGAAAGUCUAAAAAAAUUUAACUAUAAAUUUUAAUAAAUUUAAAAAUUCUAUAGUUUGGUUUUAACAAUCGAUGAAAUUUGUUAUUAUUUUAAUUUUUAGGUUUAUACUGAAUUUGAGAUUUAAUUCUUUCUGCUCCAUUAUCUAACGUUCUCUUCUUUGUCAACAUCAGCAGUUUUUAAAUUAGAAUGUGAUAUUUACAAAUGUUUUUGUUUGGCAAAUUACUCGAUCUAUCCGUAGUCUGUAGGACCUAUAUAUAUUUGGUUUUAGAAAUAAUGUAAUUAGGUAACCCAGAUACUUAACUUGUUUUUACUAAUGUUUAGAUAAUUAAACGUUUAACAGUUAAUUUUGAGGCUGAUUUAAUAAAAAAUAAUAUACUUCAUCCACAAGUUAACUAUGGUUUACUUUACCGAUUAUACCAAAGUUAAACUAGUUUUAACAUGUAAGGUGAGCAAAGGUCAAGUAAACUACAAUUUUUAUAUUAUAUAUUUUUUUUAUUUAAAAGUUCUAUGUUAUUAAGUUAAUCAGUAAGUUAUUUAUAUUUUAAUAUUGUUAUACGUAAUCGACUUCGUGACUUGUAAAAGGCAAUCUAAUAUUUUAUAUUUCUUAUUAACUUGCAAUGUGUAGAGUGUUACUUUUCGUCUUUUGCUUUUAAAAAAAACGUUCUAUGUACACUUUGUACACCAUUAAUUGUACAAUCAGCAACAAAUAUGAUUGUCGGAUAAGAGACUACACUUAUCGCCGUUUUGUGUAAAUUUUGUCAAUAAAACAGCAACAUUGUUUUAACAUACGCAUUUAUAAACAAACACACUCACACACACUCACACACACACGCGCACAUAGAAAUACACACAUCACAUACAUACACACACACACACACACACGCACACAGAAAUACACACAUACACACUAAAACAUACACGUACAUGCACACGCAAACAAACAAAACACACCCAAUACACAUAUUCACAAGUGUGU